GGUUCCCCUACGAACAAACGCCGGUCACGAGCCCGUGUGGAGAACUGAAACCGGGAACCACCCGCUGGCCCCAGCACAAAGGGCCCCGGCUGGGGCCACCCGCGGGGGUUUCUGCUCAGGGAUUCCAGAGAGACGGAGCGGGGGAUCUGCCACUGUGCCUCCCGUCCCCUCCCUUCGGCACGGGCCCGCAGCCUCUGUGCCACCGCGGGCACUGACCCCCCCAGCCUCUCUCCAGCCUCUCCUUCCCCGGCGGGCGAUGUCCGGUACCUCCGCGUCCGCAGCGUCCUCGCUCCUUCCCGCGGCCUCACGGGACCUCGGCCGCGCGUUUCCCGUAGGGGCGGGCGGAGGCGGCGGCACCACCUCAGCCGGGGGCUGGAGCGGCGGCUGCCCCGGGGCCGUGAGGGGAAGGGCGGCUCCCGCUCCUUGUCCCGCUCCCGCGGGCCGCCCGCCGGCGGCUCCCCCGGGCCGCCCCCGCGAGAGGGCGCUGGCGGCGGCCCCGGGACCGCCGAGUUUGAAAAGUGCCGGUCCGGGCGGAGCAAUGGCGGCAAUGGCGACCCCGCAGGGCAGCUCUCUCUUGCAGCUGGGCAAUGGUAUGAACUUAAUGGAUCCAAGCUUCCAGCAGAAACUGGAGGGUGAGAAGGAACUGCUUCGCCGGGCCAUACAGAAAGAACUGAAGAUUAAAGAGGGAGCAGAAAAUCUGCGCAAAGCAACAACAGACAGAAAGAAUCUUGUUCACAUUGAGCAUGUGCUGAAAUCUUCCAACCGAAAACUGGAGCAGCUGCAUUGGGAACUUCAGGAGCUCAAUGCAAGGAUUGUGAUAACAGACAAAGAGGAGAGUACAGCAGAUGGAUCUGUAUCUCCAGAUCCCUGUCUCUGGGAAAGAAACCCAGAUCCCAUGUCAAGGAAGGUUGAAGCUUUGAAAAAGCAGCUGCAUGUUGAAAUGAAAGUGAAACAAGGGGCUGAAAACAUGAUCCAAAUGUAUUCAACAUCCAAGGAGAGGAAGCUGUUGGCUACAGCUCAGCAGAUGCUUCAGGACAGCAAGACAAAGAUUGAAAUAAUCCGCAUGCACAUUGUGAAAGUAUCUCAGUCAGCAGGAGGGAUGGAAGACACAGUGGAUCCAGCAGUGAGGAUGGGGACCACCAUCAGUGCUUUAGAGCUGCGGAUUGAGGAGCUGAGGCAUCACCUGCGCAUCGAAGCUGCUGUAGCGGAGGGGGCGAAAAAUGUGCUGAAGAUCCUGGGGGGAAGUCGGGUGCAGGAUCGCAAGUUUUUGGCUGAGGCUCAGGGUCGUUUGCAAGAGUCCUCUCAGAAGAUUGAUCUGCUGCGUUUCUCCCUGGAACGUCAGCUCAGUGAGCUUGCUCCAGAUCACCCAAAAAGAGCACUCAUCAAACAGGAACUAGUAAACACUUCCUCCCUGGGAGCCCGGCAUGGCAGCAUCCAGCCCACUUCAGUCAUCAAACCUACAGCCCUUACAGGAACACUAGAAGUGAGACUGAUGGGGUGUCAGGAUCUAUUGGAAAAUGUUCCAGGACGCUCCCGGAUGACAAGUUCUUCUCCCAUCUGUGGCAGCCCAAGUGACUUAAGAUCCCUUUCCCGGACACGAGUUGGCCUGGGCAUCCAUGGCCGUGGUGUUGCAGGAAAAUACCGGAAUGAAGAGCCAUGUAAUGAGGUCCUUGCUGUACUCAAAGUGGACAAUAAAGUUGUUGGCCAAACAAACUGGGGACCAGUUAAUAACCAGGCAUGGGACCAGAGCUUUACCAUUGAGCUGGACCGGUCUCGUGAGCUAGAAAUUGCAAUUUAUUGGAGAGAUUGGAGAGAACUUUGUGCAGUGAAGUUUUUACGUUUGGAUGAUUUCCUUGAUAAUGAACGUCAUGGGAUGUGCCUCUUGCUGGAGCCCCAAGGAAUGCUUUUUGCAGAGGUGAUGUUCUGUAAUCCUGUCAUUGAGAGGAAGCCAAAACUGCAGCGACAGAAGCGCAUUUUCCCCAAACAGAAAGGGAAGGAAUUUCUCCGAGCUCCUCAAAUGAACAUGAAUGUUGCAGCUUGGGGUCGCCUGAUGAUGAGUUUCCUCCCUCCCUGUAGUUCCAUCAGCACUCUGAGUCCCCCACUUCAUGAUCCAAAUCACACAGACUUUCCUUCAGUUUCUCCACAAAGUGAUUCAGUGUCCAAAUUGAGUAGUGACUUCCCUGUGGCUAAGCUUACAUUUGCUGAUGAAGCACCACCCAAGCCUCCACGCCUUUUCCUGAUGGCCAACUCCAAGGAAUCAUCACCAUCUCCUGCAGAUUCUCCGUGCCUGAAGAGGCUACAUGUUGAGGAGAAGUCUUGCAGCUCUCCUGUAACAAGAUUUCCAAUCCCAGCGUCUCCAAGGAAAAGGACAGUUCAGCUCGAGGAUUUUCACUGCAUUGCUAUGUUGGGUCGUGGCCACUUUGGGAAGGUACUGCUGGCCCAAUACAAGGCAACUGGGAAGCUGUAUGCCAUCAAAGCCUUGAAAAAAAAAGACAUCAUUAGGAGAGAUGAAAUUGAUAGCUUGAACUGUGAGAAGCGAAUAUUUGAGGUGGUCAAUUCUUCUGAUCAUCCAUUCCUUGUGAACAUGUUUGCAUGUUUCCAGACCCCUCAUCAUGCCUGUUUUGUGAUGGAAUACACUCCAGGUGGGGAUCUGAUGAUGCGCAUACAUGAAGAUGUCUUUCCGGAGCAUGUGGCACAGUUUUAUACAGCCUGUGUAGUCUUGGGGCUCCAGUUCUUGCAUGAGAAGAAAAUUGUUUAUAGGGACCUGAAACUGGAUAACCUUCUUUUAGAUGCUGAAGGAUUUGUGAAGAUUGCAGAUUUUGGAUUGUGUAAGGAAGGAAUAGGUUUUGGAGACCGGACAAACACCUUCUGUGGCACUCCUGAAUUUCUGGCCCCAGAAGUGCUGACGGAUAUCUCGUACACACGGGCAGUGGAUUGGUGGGGCCUGGGUGUGCUCAUUUAUGAGAUGCUUGUUGGUGAGUCACCAUUCCCUGGAGAUGAUGAGGAGGAAGUCUUUGACAGCAUUGUCAAUGAUGAAGUCCGGUAUCCACGAUUCCUUUCAACUGAAGCACUUUCCAUAAUCCGUAAGUUGCUUCGGAAAUGUCCAGAGCGUAGACUGGGAGCAGGGGAAAAAGAUGCAGAGGAGAUUAAAAUUCAGCCCUUUUUUAAGGGAAUUGACUGGGAUGCCUUGUUUGCCAGGAGGCUGAAGCCCCCCUUUGUGCCCACAUUAAGAGAUCCAACUGACAUCAGCAACUUUGAUGAAGAGUUCACUUCCCAAAAGCCAAUCCUUACUCCUCCUGAGGAGGUUUCUCUCCUAACCCGUAAGGAGCAGACUGUCUUCAAGGACUUUGACUUUGUUUCCAGACACCUUUUAGAUGUGUGAUUCCUGGGCUAUAAAAACAUGAAGUGAUUGUUACCACCUUGGGGGAGCACAGAGAAGACUUUGUAGGGCCAGUGGUGGAAAAGCCAACAGCAUUUGUAGUACAGGUAGUGCUCCAAGAUGAAGUGCCCUGAAAGCUGAAUUAACCUGCUGUGGGUUUUCCAGCCUCAUUUGUUGGAAGAAUCCUGGAUGUCAAUUAUCUUUAAGGAAUAAUUAACGUUUGAUUUGGUAUAUCUUCUUCUAUCAUUGAAUGUAGAUGAAAUUUGGAAUUUAAGCUGGACUUGAUGAAAUGAAAUCAUCUCUGCAGCCCAGGUUACUCUUUGCAAAAAGCCUAACUAAGUAGUGUGACUUUUUAAAGUUGUAGCAUAGCAGGGGAAUGGCCACUUCUCAUUGAUUUUCUAGAGAUGCAGCAUUCCCUCCUGGUAAUGAUUUUAUGCCAUUUCCCACUCAUAAAAAUGUGUAUGCCAGACAAGGAAUGGAUUUAACACUACCAAGUGAUGAUCUUUGAUAAUGAUCCAAGUGAUUUAUCGGAAGGAAGAUGAAUUUUUCUACUUAAGGAUGCCAACUCUUAGCUAUUGUUUUUAAUUGUAUCAAACUCUACAGCUUUGCACAUGUUUUUUUCUUUUUUGAAAAUAAAAAUACCUUUCCAUAUAAUAAAUGUUCAGCUUUUUA